AUGCUUACAGUAAGUUCUCGACGCUUUCUUCAACUCUCAAGUGUGGCAAUGGCAGCAUCCAAUAUCUAUCAGUUCAAGGUGAAAGACGCUGACGAGAAGGAAGUCUCUUUGGAUAAAUACAAGGGGAAAGUACUCAUCGUUGUGAACGUUGCAUCGCAAUGUGGUCUGACCAAUGCGAAUUAUACUCAAUUCAAAGAACUUCUGGAUAAAUACAAGUCUCAGGGAUUGGAAGUGGCUGCAUUCCCGUGCAAUCAGUUUGGUGGGCAGGAACCCGCUUGCGAACUUGAUAUCAAGAAUUUUGUGGCUAACAAAUUCAAUUUCGAGCCAGAUCUCUAUGCCAAGGUUAAUGUGAAUGGUGAUAAUGCGGAUCCUCUAUUCAAGUUUUUGAAGAAGGAGCAGGUGGGCGGUACAAUGUUCGACGCUAUCAAAUGGAAUUUCACAAAGUUCUUGGUGGACAGAGAAGGAAAUAUAGUGAAAAGAUUCGGACCAACAACGGAGCCGAAGGACAUGGUAAAAGACAUUGAAAAACUCCUUGCAAAAGGUUCUACUGGUUCCACGAAGCUUUAA